CCCCACUCCACCCUUCCAUUCUUGCCCGUUUGCGGCCUCAGGCUCCGCCUUUAAUCUCUCCUUCUCUCCUCCACCCCUUCCUCCCUGGCCCUGCCGAUUCGCCACUACCGACACCGCCGCAGUCAUGCCGUCCUCUUCCCAAACCGAAUCCCAAACUGAGACCGGGAGCCGCUACGCCGACCUCUUCUCCCGGCUCGACACCAACGGCGACGGGCGGAUCGACGUGCGGGAGCUGCAGGCGGCUUUGAAGGACCGAGGCCUGGGUAUGGAGGCCCAACAGAAAAUAUUACAGUCUGGGGACAGUGACCAAGACAAUGAGCUGGAUUUCAAAGAGUUCACUAACUACCUCCACAAUCAUGAGAAGAAACUUCGACUAGCUUUCAAAAGCUUGGAUAAAAAUAAUGAUGGCAAGAUUGAUGCUGUCGAGAUUGUUGAGUCACUCAAGUCUCUGGGAAUUCAGAUCAACCUUCAGAAUGCACAGAAGAUUCUUCACUCAAUGGACGAAGACGGUACAAUGACCGUUGACUGGAAUGAAUGGCGUGACCAUUUCCUGUUCAAUCCAGCAGCCAAUAUUGAAGAAAUCAUCCGUUUCUGGAAGCAUUCAACGGUUCUGGACAUUGGAGACAGUCUGACCAUUCCCGAUGAAUUUACUGAGGAGGAAAGGAAAACAGGAAUGUGGUGGAGACAGCUGCUGUCUGGUGCAGUGGCCGGAGCAGUCUCCCGUACUGGUACUGCUCCGCUCGAUCGUCUGAAAGUCCUCAUGCAGGUUCACGCUUCCAAAUCAAAUCAGAUGAGUGUGUUCAGUGGAUUCAAGCAGAUGUUGAAGGAGGGUGGAGUAACAUCUCUGUGGAGAGGCAAUGGUAUGAAUGUAAUAAAGAUCGCCCCGGAAACAGCAAUCAAGUUCAUGGCUUACGAGCAGUUGAAGAAACUGUUGGCACGUGAUCCGCAGAACAUUGGGACCCAUGAGAGGUUUCUCGCUGGAUCUCUUGCUGGGGUAACAGCUCAGACCAGCAUUUAUCCAAUGGAGGUUCUGAAGACCAGAAUGGCUUUGCGGAAGACUGGGCAAUACUCAGGAGUUGCAGACUGCGUGAGGAAGAUUUGGAGGAACGAAGGAUUGGUUGCAUUUUACAAAGGCUAUAUUCCAAACAUUCUGGGCAUUAUCCCAUAUGCAGGCAUUGACCUGGCCAUUUAUGAGACGUUGAAGAAGAUGUGGCUGAGUAGGUACGCCAAGGAUUCUGCGGACCCCGGGGUCUUGGUGCUGUUAGCUUGCGGAACCACUUCUAGUACCUGUGGUCAACUGGCCAGCUACCCUCUAGCCCUGGUCAGGACACGGAUGCAGGCACAAGCUUCGUUGGAGGGAGCGAAACAACUCAGCAUGAUGGAGCUCUUCCGGAAGAUUGUGGCUAAAGAGGGACCCUUUGGGCUCUACAGAGGACUGGCCCCCAACUUCAUGAAGGUGAUUCCUGCUGUCAGUAUCAGCUAUGUCGUCUACGAACGUAUGAGGACGGCUUUAGGGUUACGGUCCACCUAAAGCCAGGAGCAUCCACUCAAGGAACAGAUCACCAAAACCCACUCCCUCCUUGUGUCUGACAUUCUAGCCUAAGCCCCCAAACCUCAGGCACUCCAGAGCCUUAUGCACUGUAAUUCCAAGAGUCAGUGAGUCACACAGAGUGGAAGCAAGCCCUUCAGCCAUUUGAGUCCAUGCUGACCAUUGAGCUCCCUAUACAAGAUCAUUGUUCACUAUCUUCAUAUUAUGCUCCCCAGACCCCAGACAUCUAUGGAUCACAGAUUCAAGAGAUUUUUCCCCCUUCCAAUCCAGUUCCAAUGAAGGGGCUUGGCCUGAAACAUCAACUGUUUAUUGCUUUCCAUUGAUGCUGCCUGACCUGCUGGGUUCCUCCAGUAUUCUGUAUGUGUUGUUCUGGAUUUCCAGCAUCUGCAGAAUCUCUUGAGUUCAGUUUUAAGAGCUCUAACCAAGAGAGAAUCUUUUACUUAUGCUGGGCAGAAGGUCAACAUCAUAGAGAGGUUUCCUAAUUUUACACCAGAGUGUCAAGGGAUUGGGCAACUAGUUACUGGAGAAAGUGAGGGAAGCAGAGAAAAUCAGGGGAAAUUGUGGGUCCAGUGGGCACAAUGGGUAGAGCCACUGCCUCACGCCAGCAGGGACCUGGAUUCGAUCCCGAUCUCCUGUGCUGUUUGUGUAGAGUUUGCAUGUUCUCCAUGUGACCACAUGGGCUUCCCCCAGAUGCUUCAGUUUCCUCACACAUCCUAAAGACAUGCUAAUUGGUUAAUUGGCUGUAAAUAUGGAUGAGGGUAAAAUGGAGUCAGAUUCAGACAGCAUAGAAACAGGCCCUUCAGGCCCAACUGGUCACAUUUCCCAAUGUUUAGCCAUAACCUCUGUAAAGUCUUUUUAAGAUAGGUAGAACAUAGUACUACAGCACAGUACAGGCCCCUCAGCCAUGAUGUUGUGCCGAUGUAUAGAAACCUAUUCCAUGAUCAGCCUAACCCUUCCGCCCUACACAGCCCAUAAUCCUCUACUUUUCUGACAUUCUGAAGCAAUUUAUAGUCCAACUGAGUGAAUUAUUUAAAAUGGUGCUUUUUAUAAUAUAGAAAUCACAGCAUCAAUUUAUGCAGAGCACAGCCACAUGAAGAGCAGUGAACAUGAUGAGGUUAUCUGUUGGUCUAUGUCCUUAUCUGGGAAUGCUGAUGGGAAAGUGGGAGGUUAAUGAAAGUGAAAUUACUGUAGGAUUGGACCUUGGUGGUUCACAUAGACUCUGGGCUGGGAGGUCCUUUCCCUUUCUCUGUGAGGGACUCAGGAGACUGAAGGAACUCCUGUUGUUCCCGACCCCAAAGAGUGCACUGCUGGUGGUGGUGGUGAUUAAACCUUGUUCUGCUCUUGAUCAGGCAGAAGCUUCAGGGAACCUUCAGUUCUUACCCAGCUGAGAAACGCACAUCGUGCCUUCUGUCGGUGGUGGGAAUUGUAACAGAUUACUUCUCCAUACCUUCAAUCUCUGGGAAUAAAAUCUAUUAAUUGUCUUUUAGCUUGUCUUGAGCUCUGCUAACUAUUAAAUAAUCCCUUGCUUCAGGUAGGUUGCACUUUAUUCAAAUCAGCUACAUUUAUCAAAUCUACACUUUACACUGUGCCUUUCCAGUGGGUGGGGAUCCCUCAGUGAUUUGAGUCAGUGAAUUUCCAGAUCUGAAGUGUGACUCAGCCUGUGAUACACAUUAAAUACAUAAUGGCAUUAGUUGGAGCAGAGUGUCAAUUCAGAUUAAGUAUAAAGUGAUCAUGUACUUAUGGAUUUCUGUUUCUCUUCCUUGCUCAUGUACUUAUGGAUUUCUUUUUAUAUUGGAUUUGCAUGGGUUUUUAUCAAUAAAUUACUCUGGUAUAUUUACAGUUAUUUGUAG